AUGGCCUCGCGUCGAGCGCUUGCAACUGUAGAGCAACAAGGUGAUGGCAAAUCAAGAAAUUUUGGUUUCGUCGGGUUCAAGUCCGAGAAAGAUGCUCACAAGGCCCUCAAGUACUUUCAAGAUACGUACAUCGACACGUCAAAGAUUACUGUCGAGUUCGCAAAGCCGGUUGGUGACUCGUCGCUGUCACGGCCAUGGAGUAAAUACUCUGAGGGUAGCUCAGCCCAUGAUCGCGUGACUAAGAAACACUCUUCUGCUGAUGUUUCAGAGAACCCGACGAAACCAGAGAAGAAGUUGUCAAAGGAGGCACAAUUGCUGCAGAAGGCGAAGACAGACCCUGAGAUGAAGGCGUUUGUUGAGUCGUUCAAACCGAGAUCGAAGACCAAGAUCUGGGAGAAUGACGACCCUCUCCUCGCUGCUGCGGAAGUCAAACAGGUCGGAACCACACGUUGGAUAGGAGGAGUGGAAGAUAGGAAGGAGGGGGAGGGGGAGGAGAACAAGCAGAGCAAGGGAGAUGUAUUUGAAUAUGUUGCUGGAGGCGAAGCUGGAACGAGCGAUGAAGAGUAUGAAGACGUACCGAAGAAGCAGGAGGAUGGAGAGAAGGAGGACGGGGAGGGAGAGGCCAAGGGGGCAGGAAAGGAUGCGAAUCAGGCGUUCAACCCUGCUCUUGAUGACAUGGCAUACUUGAAGGCCAAGAUGAGCAGCAGCUGGAAAGAUUCAGACGACGAGGAUGAAGGAGCCUCUGAAGACGAGAUGAGUGAUGAAGGAGGGAUGAAGAAAGUUUCUAAGGGCCGGGACGAUGAAGAGGAACAGGAGGAGGACGAAGGCGGUGAGGAGGAGGAUCAGGAGAUGUCAGAAGGAGAAGGCAAAGAUCGAAAGGAAGACCAGCCUGACAUGUCUCAUGUUACACAAGCAACGAGGCAAGAUGUUGAGCAAGACAAACGGGACGAUGACGAAGAUGAUGAAGUGGAGGACGGGAGACUUUUUGUCAGAAAUCUCCCAUACUCAACGAGUGAGGAAGAGCUUACAGCCUUCUUCAGCAAGUUCGGGGAGCUGAGCGAAGUUCACAUCUGCAUCCACAACAUCACAAAAGAGCCGACGGGGAUGGCGUUUAUCUUGUUCCUCAUCCCUUCGGAUGCUGACAAGCAAGCAAAGCAGAGGAGGAAAGAGGAGGAGGAGCAGAAGAAGCUGGAGGCGGGGAAGGACGGGUCCUCCUACAAGGCAAAGAAGAAGGAGCAGCAGAAGAAAACUUCUGCCUCUUCGCACAACUGGAACAUGUUGUUCAUGAGGUCUGACACAGUUGCUGAAGCUAUCGCCAACAAACAUCAGAUGGACAAGGCCCAACUCUUGGACCACGAGUCUUCCUCCAGCAUGGCCGUUCGCAUGGCUCUGGGGGAGACUCAUAUCAUAGAGACAACUAAGUCUGACCUGAGAGAAAACGGAGUGAAUGUGUCUUGCCUCGAGGUAGCGUGGAACUUGUUUUUGGUGGAGAAGAAGCCCAGGGACAGGUCGAACACAGCAAUGCUGGUGAAAAACAUUCCAUUCAGCACAACUCUACAAGAGUUAAGAGAGUUGUUCGAGAGAUUCGGAGAUGUCAGUCAUGCUGUGCUCCCAAAGACAAAGACGAUGGCGAUCGUCGACUUCACUCAUCCCUCGGAAGCUCGAAAAGCCUUCAAGUCUCUUGCUUACUCUCAAUUCAAGCACCAACCCAUCUACCUCGAGUGGGCACCUGUCGACAUUUUUCUGCCCGGGGCGCCGACGCUGUCCUCGGAAGGGGGCAAGAAGCAGCCCAAGGCAGUCGAGGAAGAAGGCAAGACCCAGGAGGGCGGCAAGGCAGGCAAGCAGGAGAAGCAGCAGGAGGAGAAAUCUCCUGAGGGAUCGGGGAGGACCCUGUACGUGAAGAACCUCAACUUCAAGACCACGGAGGAGGCGCUGAAGGGGAAGAUGGAAGGAGGAGGAGGGGAAGUGAAGGCGGUCAGGAUCGUGACGAAGCCGAACCCUAAGGCAGGGAAGGACAGCAAGGAGCCUUCCCGUCUGUCCAUGGGCUAUGGCUUCGUCGAGUUCAAGCGGAGCAAGGACGCGAACGAAGCGCUGAGGAAGCUGCAAGGAACGAAACUUGACGGGCAUGUCCUACAGCUGAAGAUGUCUUCAAGAGUGUCGGCGGACUCUUCAGCCGGAGAGGUCGACGUCACCAAGGACAACAGGAGCAGGGCAAAACCCAGCGACUCCCAGGCCCCCCAGGACUGCAGCAAGCUCGUCAUCCGCAACGUCCCCUUCGAAGCGAACAAGAAGGAGCUGCGAGACCUGCUGUCGUCGUUCGGGGAGCUGACGAGCCUGAGGCUGCCGAGCAAGUUCGACGGGAGCCAUCGGGGCUUCGCGUUCGCGGAGUUCGUGACGCAUCAGGAGGCGGCAGCGGCUAAGGACGCGCUAGGGGCGACACACUUGUAUGGCAGACAUCUCGUGAUCGAGUGGGCGGAGGAGGAGCAGAGUCUUGAGGCUGUGAGGAGGAAGACUGCUCGGUACUUCUCCAAGUUGUCGGAAGCCACAAGUCAGCAGGCAAGUGAUGAUGUUGCUCCGACCCACACGCUGAGAGGAGCCUGGGGGUUGCAGGGGACGGCCAAGAGGAGGAAGAUCGAAGAGACGCUGGAGGAGAACGGAGAGAUGGCGUUCGAGGAAGCCUUCGACUGA